AUGGCGGAUACAAAACCAGAAAAGAGGAAACCUGUUUUUAAAAAGGUUAUGCAGCUGCAGCCGGACACCAAGGGGCACACUCUGAUUGUAAAAGUGGUAAGUUCGAAGAUGGUGUUGCAGAAGGCCCGUCCUGAUGGGAUCCAAGUUCGUCAGAUGAAAAUUGCUGAAUGCUUGGUUGGAGACGAAACCGGAACCAUCGUUUUCACCGCUAGAAAUGAACAAGUGGACAUGAUGAACCCUGGUGCUACCGUGAUUUUGAGGAAUGCGAAAAUUGACAUGUUCAAGGGAUCUAUGAGGCUUGCUGUGGACAAGUGGGGUCGAGUAGAAGUGGCCGAACCGGGUAGCUUCAAUGUCAAGGAAGAUAACAAUAUGUCUUCGGUUGAAUAUGAACUGGUUAGUGUUGUCGAUAAGUAG